AUGUGUGCUUGCAUGCACGGCCUGUCCCAAGCCAAGAUAAAGGAGGAGGGUUGGUGUCAGGUGUUGCGAACCGGCCGUAAAAAACAGCUAUAUUUUUAUGUGAUGAACUUAUAUGAUUUUUCGUUGGGAAGUACCCUUCAUAGCGACGCGUUGCAUCGGGCCCCGGGUGUAGCAAAAAAUGGGUUAGGGUCCUUACCACAAGGCAAGGCGCUGCAUCGGGCCCGGGGUGUAGUGAAAAGUGGGCUAGGGUCCUUGCCCCAAGGCAAGGCGCCAGGUCUUCACCCGGAUUUGGUGAGAAGUAUGCCAGGGUCCCAACACGCAGAUGGGCGAGCGUGGCGGGCAAGCACAGCCCAGGGGUUAAGGAUAAGAUUGGGCAGCUGGAACAUAGGAACCUUAACGGGUAAAUUGAGGGAGUUGGCAGAUGUUUUUGCUAGAAGGAAAGUGAAUAUUGUUUGUUUGCAAGAAACUAAGUGGACUGGAGAAAAGGCCAAGGAAGUGGAUGGAACUGGUUUCAAGUUAUGGUACACAGGUACUAACAAGAGUCGAAAUGGUGUUGGAAUUAUGAUCGAUAAAAGUUUUAGAGAUAAAGUUGUGGACGUCAAAAGGAAAGGCGACAAGAUUAUUCUGGUUAAGCUUGUUGUGGGUGAUUUAAUCUUGAAUAUCCUCAGUGUCUAUGCACCCCAAGUUGGAUUGCAACCAACUGAUAAAAGCCAAUUUUGGGAAGACUUGGAGGAGGUUUUGAGGGGAAUACCUCGAGAGGAGAAGAUUUUCUUAGGAGGAGAUCUAAAUGGUCAUGUUGGUAAAAGCAAUGGAGGUUUUGAUAGAAUCCAUGGAGGUUUUGGUUAUGGGACGAGAAACGAGACUGGAGAAGAUAUCUUGAAUGUUGCACUAGCCUACGAUUUGAUGUUAGUGAACACCUUUUUUCGAAAAAGGGAGUAA